ACUUCAAAAAGUUUCCCAACUCCGAAACACUAUAAAAACCAACUCUCCUACUCCACCUUUUCAUUUCUCUCUGUUUUCAACUUCUUUUCAGUUUCUCUUCCUUUCUCAUUCAAACCCUACCUAACGGUUACCAAAUUUCUCUCCAUUCUUCACCACUCUUCUACUUCACUCGAUCAUGACCGAUUCAUCCAUGGCGGUUCCUGUUUCACCGAACGAUUCCCUCUCUAGCGAACGGAGAUUACUCAAGCACAUCCGUGAUAACGUUCACAGCAACAUCUUUCUCGAACCUAUCUUCUUGAAGUUUGUUGACACAGAACAAUUUCAAAGACUUCGAGAUUUGAAGCAGCUUGGCCUAACUCAUAUGGUUUUCCCUGGGGCUGUGCACUCUCGUUUUGAGCAUUCACUGGGUGUUUAUUGUCUGGCUGGCAAAGCUACUGAUAUCAUUAAAAAAUUCCAGGGAGCUGAGCUUGGUAUUGAAAAAAUUGAUGUGUUGGCAGUAAAACUUGCUGGAUUACUGCAUGAUGUUGGUCAUGGGCCAUUCAGCCACACUUUUGAGCACGGGUUCCUUCCCCUGGUUCUUAAUGGCGCCACAUGGUCUCAUGAGGAAAUGUCUAAGAAAAUGAUAGAUCACAUUGUUGAUGAACACCAUAUUGAUUUGGAUCCUCAACUCCUCCUAAAAGUGAAGGAAAUGAUCACUUCUAGCUCUGACCAUCCUCCACAAAGUGAAAAGAAGUUCUUAUAUGAUAUUGUUGCAAAUGGUCGCAAUGGAAUUGAUGUUGACAAGUUUGACUACAUUGUUCGGGAUUCACGUGCUUGUGGCCUAGGGUGCAACUUUCAGCCUGAGAGAUUGAUGGAGACCAUGCAAGUUAUUGAUGAUGAAAUCUGUUAUCGUGCUAAUGAUUAUCUGACAAUUCACAAGUUAUUUGCAACCCGUGCUGAUUUGCAUCGAACAGUCUAUACACAUGCAAAAGUAAAGGCAAUAGAGUUGAUGGUUCUCGAUGCACUGGUGAAAGCAGAUCCAUAUCUUCAUAUUGCAUCCUCAAUUCAUCAACCAUCUGAGUUUUGGAAGUUAGAUGACUCAAUUGUUAAAAGAAUUGAAUCUUCUUCCGAGCAAGAGCUGAAGGAAUCCAGAGACUUGAUUCUACGUAUUCACAGAAGGGAUCUGUACCAGUUCUGCAAUGAAUUUUCUGUUCCAAACGACAAACUAGAGAAAUUCAAAAACAUCACACCCCAAGACAUUGUCUGUUCCCAGAAAAGUGGCACCAAUUUGAAAGAAGAUGAUGUUGCUGUGAGCAAUGUUAAAAUUGAUUUAACACGUGGAAAGGAAAACCCUCUUAAAAGGAUUAAUUUUUUCAAGGACUAUGAUGAUAAAGUAAAAUUUCUCAUCGAAGACCAGCGAGUCAGUCAUUUGUUGCCAAAAUUCUACGAAGACAUGAUAGUGAGAGUAUACAGCAAGAAGCCUGAACUGGUGGAAGCUGUUUCUGCUGCCUUUGAAAAUUAUCAGCUCAAGACAUUUGGAAGCAAACCACUACUGCACGAAACUCCUAAGAAGAGGAGUUGAGUAUAAGACCCACACUACUACUGACUUUGAACCUGUAGAUAUCUACUAGUCUACUAGCAGGUCCCAGAUAAUCUUUACGAUAUGUAAUAUCUCAGUGGAUGGCUCUCACACGUCAGAACCCAUGUAGUUGCUUGUUUUUUGCUUUUGGUACAAAAGCUACUGGUUUCUAAAUUCUUGCUAUAUAGUCAAAUGAUGGGUAUAUUUAGGAGAAAAUAUGUAGUAUAUGAAUAUAUAAGAUGAAUGAUGGUAUUACUACUUACCAGUGACCAAAUUGUGCUUUUAUUAGUUUGUUGAUAAAUUUUUGAGCGACAUGACUCAUAUAAAAUAGAUGAUGUUCUUACUACUUACUAAUGCAGAAGAAAAGUCUCAAAGGUUCUGUUCUAGUGAGCCAAA